UCUGGAAUUCAACCUCAGACCAAGGUUCUCCUCUGUUGCUGAGACACUGCAGAAUUGCAGCAAGAAGAUGCCAUCCUGAAGCUCCCUCAGCCUGGGUCUUUGGUAUAUUUGGAAUCAUUGUCACUCAGGACUGGCUUUAGUGCAAAUACUUCAGACAAAAUUAUGGAACCUCAAAGUCAGAAUUUGAAGACAAUACCAUUAUUAUCUUUAGGAAGAUUUCAUAUUUCUGAAGAGUAUGGCUUUCUUCUGCCAAAUCCUUUGAAAGAACUUCCAGAUCAUUAUAGACCUUGGAUGGAAAUUGCUAACAAACUCCCUCACUUGAUUGAGAGUCACCAGCUUCAAGCUCAAGUGGACAAGAUGUCUGCUAAGUUCAGGCACAAGAUUGGAAAUCCUGGAAAAGAUUCAAGAGACUGUCUUCAACAGAACUUGGACGUCAUUUUCUCAUUUCCUGGGGAAGAAAGCCUGCGUGGCUUUAUACUGGUGACUGUUUUGGUGGAGAAGGCAGCAGUACCUGGGAUUAAGGCACUUGUUCAGGCAGUGAAUGCCAUCUUGCAGCCCAGCCAGAACUCGUUGCUUCAAGCCCUGCAGCGACUGAGACUCUGCAUUCAGGAUAUCACCAGAACUUUAGGACAAAUGCAUGAUUAUGUUGAUCCAGACAUAUUUUAUGCAGUCAUCCGGAUCUUUCUCUCUGGAUGGAAGGAUAACCCAGCAAUGCCAGUGGGGUUGAUCUAUGAAGGAGUCUCCCCAGAGCCCCUGAAAUACUCUGGGGGGAGUGCAGCUCAGAGCACAGUGCUUCAUGCCUUUGAUGAGUUCUUAGGCAUUUGUCACAGCAAGGAAAGUGCUGAUUUUCUGCACAGGAUGAGGGAGUACAUGCCUCCUUCCCACAAGGCCUUUAUAGAAGAAAUUCACUCAACUCCUUCACUGAGAGACCACAUUCUGUCCUCUGGAAAUGGCCAACUUCUGACAGCCUAUAACCAGUGUGUGGAGGCCCUGGCAGAGCUACGCAGCUAUCACAUCACUGUGGUGACCAAAUACCUCAUCACAGCAGCCACCAAAGCAAAGGGCAGGAGGCCGAACUAUGUCCCUGGGCCACCACUAGCCUUAGAAGAGAGGGGCACAGGUGGGACUGUAGUCCUGAGCUUCCUGAAGAGUGUUAGGGAUAAGACCUUAGAGGCAAUUCUCCACCAAAGUGAUUAAGAGACUGCCCUCUUCCCAAGAAUGCAAAACCAGAAACUCGGGUUUCCCCUGGCCCUUUCUCCCACUGGAGGGCACGUAGGCCUGGAGAAUGAGAAUGUCUGGAGUUAUCUGACAGGAACCUCAGCCCUGUUUAUGUUCCUGCUCUCCAGAACACCAUCUUCUCCCUUGUUGAGAGCUGUUAGUCUUCACAGAGGAGAAUUUCCAUGGCUAGUCAGAGAUUUUCCUUUCCCUAUCUAAUUACUGGUUAAUAGCAAACAGCUUUGGACACUUCCUCAUUCAGAACCCCACAGAGGAGCCCGUGUACCCCUAUUCAAUUUUCAAAGAAUAGAAAAUCAAUCUAAAUUUCAAAAAACAAACCAAAUUGCCUGUGGACAGAUCCCCUUUUUGAUUUCUUUAAAAAGCAAACUAAAUACUCGUGCAUGCAUUCAUUCAUUCAGUCAGUCAACGACUUAUUACGUUCCUACUGAGCACUGGUUUAGGGAUUAGAGCAGAGAAUUUUUGUGGUCCCCAUCCAGCUUUCCUUUCCCUGAGUGUGCUGAGUUUGUGGCAGGAGGUUGGAAAUGCUCCAGGGGCGAUGUGGAGGAAAGAGGAGGCUCACAUAAGACUUGGAAGUCACAAGUGUAACAAUGAAUAGUUAACGAUGUGGGAACGAACGGAUGAGGCUCUUUGGCAUGGUUCAUCAAUUUGCAAAUUCUGUUUUAGUUUCAUUCUUUAUUUUUGGAAGAAUGAUUCUUUCUUCCUACACCGAAAGUUUAUAGUUGUAAAAUGAAUUAAUUGACCCAUUGGAAGUAAAUGAUCGAAACAGGAAUAAAUAGUAAACUCACAUGUUUAGUUUACAAAUAAAUGUAACUUUUUAUUGAUUUAUUUUCUAUCUCAAGAUCUCAUUUCAUCUGAUAGCAAAAGCUAGAAAACUUUAAUCUUGCCAAUUUAAGAUAAACUCCAUUAAUUUAGGCCUGCCCCCCCCCCCCCCCCCCCCCCAGCCCCACACUUUGCGCACACACAUAUAUCUGAGACAGUAUCUACAUUCCACAGGGCCAAUCUAGAAUCAUGGCCUCAAGGAGAAGGACCUGAUCAUCAGGAGCAGCCUCUGCUCAAGUUAGCAUCUGCUGAGCAGUUCCCCUCCCCGUAUGAGUACUGGUCAAAUGGAACUUGCAGCUUGUUUAAUCCUUUGAAACAAGCCUUUCAGAUUACUCAGCCUUCAAAGUCUUGUCAUAUCACUUGGAAAAACAUCUGACCACUUCCAACAUUGCCCAGGCCCUUAAACCCCACUUUUACUGUAUAUAUAGUGGAGGGGGGGGGGAGGAAGAGAAAUUUUAACAAAUUGGCUUAUGUGAUUAUAGAGGUUGGAAAUUCCAAAAUCUGCAGGGUAGACCAGCAGCCUGGAGACUCAGGGAAUCACCAUCUAAAGACUGACUGCUGGUAGAAUUCCUUUCUGCUCAGUGAAGGUCAGUCUUUGUUCUAUUCAGGCCCUCAACUGAUUGGGUGAGGCCCACUCACAUUAUGGACAGCAAUCUGCUUUACUCAAAGUCCAUUAAUUUAAAUGUUUGCCUCAUCCAAACAAAAUACCCUCACAAAACCGUACAAAAUAAUGUGUGACCAAAUAUCUGGGUAUCAUGGACAAGCCAAGAUGACAUAGAAUUAGCUAUCACAAGCCUCCUUUACAAGAAACUGAAUCAGGGUAAAGUUAUGGUAUCUGAUACACACCCUCACCACAUUUCUAUUAGAGAAGAAUCCUCUUUUGUAAUGAUGGGCAGGAGGUACAAAAAUGAUGUAUAGUUUCUCCCCAGGAGAUGCUGGGUAGGGAUACAGGCAGUACACUGGAUGGAAACCCCUAGAGAGAAGGAUGGAAUACUGCCCACAAAAAUCUGACUAUAUUGACAGCUAAAGGCUCUUUAUACCAGGUGAUCUGUGUAGAAUGAAACCAUUGUCUCUUUUAAUAAAAAUAACAACCCGCUGUUUCGAGGUUGACCUUAUAGGGCUAAUCUUCACCUGGGAAGGGGGCAAAGCCUUAAAGUCUUAAACCUUGUACAUAAGAGUCACCUUCACCUAACCCCCACCCCCCCACACACCUAAGCCUUCUGGUGACAAGGGAACACUGAUUCUUUUUUAUCCUGUGCCCAAGUGCAGUUAGGAUUAGUUUAGUCAUUUUUAGAAGACAUUAGAAAGGACUCAGGGAUGAUUUUAAAAGCAAGCCAACAAAAAUCAUAAAGGAACACCAGUUAGAUGGCAUGAGUAACAUUCAGUCUUCAUGCUGUGGGGCACAGAGACCCUAUACUUUCCUUAGACUGCAUGCAGGUGAACAGGAUCCUCAAACUCUCAAUUUACAGAGUGUCCAGCAAAGACAGUCUCAGAGACUGAGUUUUUCUUCCCUUGUUGUUAGUCUGAAAUUUGUUUUUUGUUGUUUCAACACAAUCUAUAUAGGGUUAAAAUAAAAAUAAAACUAAACACCAACCAUAAAGAAAUGCUUGAAACCUGUGAGAUCCUAUCCAAUUUAAGAUCUGGGAUAUAAAACUUGCAGUACCUGAAAGCAAUUAUUUCUUCCACAACAGUGAAUUUCACCCACCAAAUUCUGUCUUGCAUUUUCUUAUGCACAGAUGUCCUAUUUGCUUUGCUAAUGGAAGAAACACUCUUCUCUUUCUUUGUUCACUUAACAGUAAACUUAAUAAAGAAGUCGGAUAUCAUUGCUUUCUGAAAUG